ACUGCGAAUAAGAUAAUAUUUCCUGCUUCUUGCUCAAGGCAGAAACAAGUGAAGAUGAACUUCCACUUUCUAACGAUCUUAGUCCUCCUCCUCUCUUUCUCCACCGCCGUGUCCUCUCUACAUGAAGAAACCGCCGCCACGUGCGCCGCCGCAUCCCCACCGGACCGACGGAAUCUACGAUCAGAUCAAAUCACGGUCCUCAUCAACGGCUAUUACGAGUCCCGCAUCCCUCUCCUCCAAUCAAUUGCUUCCACGUAUGCCGCAUCCCCAUUUGUACACACAGUACUGAUCCUAUGGGGAAAUCCCUCAACCUCAACAAAAACCCUAACAAAAUUGGCUCAAAACCUCACCACAGGACCCAUCUCCCUAAUCCGCCAAUCUUCAAACAGCCUCAAUUCUCGCUUCCUUCCUCGAAAAUCCAUCCAAACCGGCGCCGUUUUGAUCUGUGACGAUGACGUCGAGAUCGACACAUCGUCCCUCGAAUUCGCGUUUAGAAUUUGGGGGAGAAACCCCGAACGACUUGUCGGCUUCUUCGUCCGGUCCCACGAUCUAGACCUCUCGAGACGGGAAUGGAUCUACACCGUUCAUCAAGACAGGUACUCGAUCGUACUCACGAAACUGAUGAUUCUCAAGACGGAGUAUUUGUUCGAGUAUUCUUGUGGAGGCGGAGCGGCGAUGGCCGACAUGCGGAGAGUUGUCGAUCGAGAGCGUAAUUGCGAGGAUAUCUUGAUGAAUUUCGUGGUGGCCGACAUGUCGAACGCUGGGCCUAUUAUGGUUGCGGCGCAGAGGAUCAGGGACUGGGGAGACCCACGGAAUGAUUACGAUGAUGAGAAUGAACGGCUCGGAUUGAGGGAAGGGGUUAGUGAGAUAGGGCUGAGUAAUAGGAAAGGGGAGCAUAGGAAGAGAAGGGGACGGUGUAUAACGGAGUUUCAUAGACGAUUCGGGAGGAUGCCGUUACGGUAUAGUUACGGGAAGUCCGUUGACUCAGUUGGCGAACAGGCUUUGUGUAGAAAGGGAAGGAAGUUAGUCCCUUGUGAUCAAAAUGUACUAUGAAAAAAUUGAAAUAAAUUGUAUAUAUCUUUUGAGAAAAUUAUUCCAUUUAUCACAUUAUA